AUGGUUAACACGGUCAUCACACCAACGGGGAUAGCUCCGCUAUCUAUCUUAACAUCCACAGACCACCCAACUUCCCAGCAAUAUUUCCAAUAUGCCCAGCUGUCACACUUCUUGAAGGGGGAACCACACCUUCUUCGAGGAACAAGAGCACACACCAAAUAUGAAACUUACUGUACUACCCACAGCCUACAAAUCAAGCACCUAUCUAUAUUUUACAGACUCCUUAACACCAUCAAUCUCACCCCUCCUCCACCAUUCACAGCGGCAUGGGAGACUGAACUGGGGAUCACCAUUCCAGUGGGAACAUGGCACAAAAUAUUCAUAUACGCCCAUACCACGUCCAUUAGCACCGCAGUGAGGGAAAGCACAUACAAAAGAAUCUCCAGAUGGCACUACUCACCCGCUAAGGUACAUGCUAUCUUUCCAACAGCGCCAGAUACAUGUUGGAGGUGCGGGCAACCCAAAGGAACUACAGCUCAUAUUUGGUGGCUAUGUCCGGCCAUCCAAACUUAUUGGCGGGGGUUGGGAGGGCUAAUCAAAGCUAUCACAGGCCAUCAACUGCCACAAUCACCUGAAACUUUCCUCUUCCUCGUACACACUACGCACAUACCGAACCUCCAACGCAAACUAGUCAACCAUUUGCUGACAGCAGCAAAUAUGUUGAUUCCGUUGAAAUGGAAGAGCACCAGGGCCCCGUCAGUACGGGAGUGGAUACAAAAGGUUGAAUUCAUAAGGACCAUGGAAGAACUAGACGCAUCAUACUCGAACAAAUACACCACCUACACCUUAACAUGGCAACCUUGGUUGACUUAUCUAGGCAAUAGAGCCACCUAA